AUGACCACAGAUCCACCUCGUCCCUCCACCACCUCGUCCUCCACCACCUGUCCACCACCCGUUGUCUACCACCUGUCCUCCACCACCUGUGUCUACCACCCCCCUCUACCACCUGUCCUCCCACCACCGUCCUCCACCACCUCGUCGUCUACCACCCCGUCCUCCACCACCCUGUCCUCCACCACCUCGUCCUCCACGUGUACUCCAGUGUCUCCUCCUCCUCCGCAGCUGACAUGCUGUGUCUGCUCCAGGGACCUGAGCGUUGACGCCGCCUCGGCCUCCUGUGGUCACAGCGUCUGCAGCUCCUGUCUCCAGGACAAGAGUCAAGUUUGUCCAACGUGUCUCCAGAGUCCAGACGAGCCUGAACCUGCUGAAGCUCAGGUGAUCCACGGCAGCGAGGAGCAGAGUCCAGACUCAGAGGAGACUAAAGUCCAGGAGCCCGAGGAGAAGAAGGAGGACGAGGACGUGAAGGUCGAGGAACCUCUGGGUCCUAAUGACGUGGUGUGCGACUCCUGCAUCGAGAGCCCAUGCAGGGCCCUCAAGUCCUGCCUCACCUGCCUGGUGUCGUACUGCGAGGCCCACCUGAGACCUCACCUGGAGAACCCCAAGUUCCAGAACCACCGGCUGGUGGAGCCGCUGCAGGACAUCGAGAGGAGAACCUGCGAGAGCCACAAGUGGCCGCUGGAGAUCUUCUGCUGCGCCGACGGCUGCUGCGUGUGUCAGGACUGCGUGAAGGAGGAACACCGCGGCCACACCACGCUUCCUGUGGUGGAGGCCAGGAAGCAGAUCGAGAGUGAACUGAGGGAGAAGCAGACGGACACGGUGAAGACGGUGACGGCGGCCGAGAACGCCAUCAACAAACUGCAGCUCAACACAGUUUCCAUCGAGCAAUCGGUGACGGAGGUGCGAGGCGUGAUCGAGAGCCAGUUUGAGGCUCUGCAGGCGGUGGUGGAGCGAGCCAAGCGGGAGGUGACGGAGAUCCUGGAGGCCGAGGAGAAGCAGGCGCUGAGGCAGGCCGAGGGCAUCCGGGUUCACCUGGAGCAGCGGUGUGCGGAGCUGAAGAAGACGCAGGCGCAGAUGGAGAAGAUCUCCAAGAACAAGAACGACGUGGACUUCCUACAGGAGUACUCAGAGUGGAAGAAAGAAACCACUGACAUCUCUCUGCCCGGCGUUUACAUCGGACUCAUGGAUGGUCUGAAUUCUCUGAGCCGCGUCAUCGUUGACUCCACGCAGGAGCUCUGUGCCAUGCUCGUGUCCUCGUACAUCGACAAAGUCAAAGAGACCUGCAAGAGCGACAAAAUGGGAAUAAAAACGACGGUCCAUGCCAUCGUCGCGGGGAAAGAGAACCUGCUGUUACCAGAUCCAAAGACGCGCGCAGACUUCCUCAAGUACUCCGCCCAGGUGACGUUUGACGCCGACACCGCUCACAAGUUCCUGCGUCUGACCGAGGAGAACAGGAAGGUGACGAACACCACGCCGUGGCAGCAUCCGUACCCCGACGUGCCCGAGCGCUUCGAGAGCUGGCGCCAGGUCCUGGCCUCGGAGAGCUUCUACCUGGGCCGCCAUUACUUUGAGGUGGACAUCAGCGGCGAGGGCACGCACGUGGGCGUGACCUACAAGAGCAUCGACCGCAAAGGCAGCGAGAGCAACAGCUGCAUCACGGGCAACAACUCGUCCUGGUGUCUGCACUGGAACGGACGCACUUUCUCCGCUUGGCACAGUGGCGUGGAGACACCGCUCAGCGCGGGGAAGUUCACGCGCGUGGGCGUGUAUGUGGACUACACGCGCGGCCUCCUGGCGUUCUACGGCGUGGACGACGCCAUGACGCCCGUCCACGAAUACAAGGCCGAGUUUCUGGAGCCGCUUUAUCCGGCGUUCUGGUUGUCAAAGAAGGAGAACGUCAUCGCCCUGGUGACACCGGGAGAACCGUUGCGGCUCAAAAGCCCCUCCCCUCCCACCUCGCCCUCCAAUGACGCCAUACUUCCGUAAACCACGACGACCGCCGGGUUUUUCAUGCACAAUUUACAGACCACCGCGUGGACACAGAGCAUCCGAGCUUUAAUAAAAUAUUUGUUUACUUCCUGUACAUCUGGGAUGAUGACGUCGUUGUCAUGUGACUGUUACUGUACUUUUCAUCACACUGUGAAUAAAACUUUGUUUUCAAAAAAAACAACAAAACAAAACA